CGAAAUUGUUGAGUGCGAAUCGAGUUGUAGCUCACGAAAGGCCAAGCUUGUCACGUACAGUCGAAGCCACUUCGACGAGCUGUUUCCUCCGGGUGGUGAGUGCGCAAGAAGGAACGGAAGCCGUCGUCGAUCACCAAAGGCUAGCGGUGACGCGAUCCCUCCUUCCGCGGAUUUGGCUCCCAAGGGUUUGGGUCGAAAUAUCUUGUGGUUUUAGUGCCUAUUGUAGACCGUCCUCGCUGUGCUUGCAAAAAUUCACACCGGGAUGGCGUGUCUAACCUGCGUCACUUCGAUCUUUUGCUUCGCCUUUUUUAUCAUCGUUGUUAUUAUCGCCCGAUUGACCCGCCUCCGCAGCAUCAAGAUCUUGCAAGACCACCACGUUUAUCGCUGAGAGCGGCUCCCGCAAACGCAGGAUUGCCGCCGUUGCGAUUGCCCCGUACUUACUGCCUUUUGCGACCUAAUUCAAAUCGGUUGCUCGCAAGCAAACUAGCAAGCACAUUGCGUUGCGCUGCGCAAACCAUGUCGGAACGCAGAAGCCGUCGCACGAGAGGGAAACGCCCGGAAGUCGUUCCGCCGAAACCCGACGAAAAUCCCGACGAAAACCCCGAACUAGAAGGCGACUCACUGGACGACGACAGCGACAAGAUGGCCCCGGGCGCGAUUCGUGGACGCCGGAGGGGAAAGCGGUCCCGGAACAAGGAUCCCGAAAAAGAAUCGUCGUCGUCGUUGUCGCCCCCGGAGCAGCCGGAAGAGCGGCUGCCGAACAAGAAAACAGGUUCCACCAAGACCGCAACCAAAAAGCGGGGCCGGCCGAGAAAAGGAAACACUAUCAAUCGCAGCCGCAGCCCUACGCCGUCGCAGUCCUCGGCAACGUCCCUGGUGGAAUCCGCAUCGUCCGAUUCCGUAGCCGACGGGGAGGUCGAGAACAACAGGGACGACGACGACGACGACGACGACAAGAUGGAAAGCGAGGACAACAUCUUCGAUGAGUCCGACGACGAUUCAAACAACGAAGGCGACGGCGACGGCGACGAUGCGGAACGAGACACCGAAGACGAUGCGCCGAAAGAAGCCCUGACCGGAAGGAAGAAGAGGGUGCGUCGGAAGAAGCAAACACCGGUCAAACCACAAGCAAAGAGUCGAAGACACAUUAAGGCGGCGGCGAAAAAACCGAGCCGGAGCAGCAGCAGCAGCAACAGCAGCGGCGAUUCGAGACGAUCUUCUUCGGACGGCAGCAGCAGCAGCGAUUCUUCGUCUCCGCCGUCUCCCGUGGUGAUUGUCCGGAAGAAAAUCGGUGGCCGACCCGGCAAGUCGUCCAAGGCGGUUGUCAAUCCGCGCAAAAAAGACCCCGGUCCGGUGAAACCAUUCGUUUGCCGGGGAUGUGGGAAGUCGUUCACGGCGCGGGGGAUCAACGCCCAUGAAAAGAGGUGCAUGCCCGUGUAUACCCCGCGAGACUCCUCGUCUCCCGACAAUACUCCCGAUCCAAGUCCGCAGAAGAAGGAAGUGGAACUCGGGUCGGACUCGGAGGAAGAAGCAAGCGCCGACGAAGCCGUGUUUUCCGUCGAGGAUGAGGAAACCGACCUUAGGGCGGCACCCGCCCCGAAACCCACCUUCCCCUGUCAGUACUGCGGCAAGUAUUUCAAAGCGCAAGGGAUUUCGAAACACCAGAAAAGCUGCCUGAAAAAACUGCGCGAAAAGGCCAAAGUUGCGAAAAGGAAAGGAAGGACUGGGGAGGCAGCCGAGGGAAAGGGGGAAAGAACAAACAAGGGAAGAAAGUCGAGAGCUGCUACUUCACAAGCGGCAAACACAGACGCAGACGCCGAUAGCAACGGCCAUAGUUCCUGGGAGGACGAUGUUCCAACGGCAGAAAACCGUAAAUCUGCGGACGAAAGCAGCAAUGACAGCGACGAGGGGGAAGCCGCCGAAAUUGCCAACGAAGACAAAGACAAGACCAACCAUCGCAAGCCAUCCAAAGCGGAUUCUUCCGUUGUGCCCAAAGGCAGGAAGCGGAGAAAGCCACCCAAGAAAUAUCAAGAAGAAGCCACGAUGUCCUCGGACGCUGUCUCUGAUACCGGAGAAGAUGCCGAUUCCUCUUCAUCGAGCGUCAGCUCGGAAGAGGAGCCGGUCAGGAGGAAAACGAAGCGAUCCAAAACCGCUAUAGCCGACGAUAUAUCCAAUAGCGAACAGAACAUUUCGAAGGAACUGGGAAGGGCGAAAGUCAAUAGGGUUGAUUCAUUGGCAAUGGUGGCUGCAGUGGCACCAACGACGAAAACGAGAAAGAAACCGUCUGCUGCAACGGUGGUCGGAAGUGCACUAUCUUCAAGCAACAUGGUUCACGGGAAAGACGAGAAACUAGCCCCACCGUCUAAGUUACCGCUGAAGGGAAAGAAAAAGGAGAAAAAGAAAGGAGCUAGUGAUAACCGGUCGAUGGCAUCAGCAUCCGCAAACAUGGCACCGAUCACUGCAUUUUUUCCUGUAGCGACUUCCACAAAACCGAAAACGGUAUCCGGCAAAGCGUCGCCGGCAGGAGGAGAUGAUGACAGGAACAAAAGCCAUAGUGAGAGCUCGAUGGAACUACCACUUUCCACAACUGGCAAGGCGGAGGACCAGUCAGUGAAAAGAAAGAAACCGAAUUCAGGAGCCACGACAAUCGCAUCGAAAAACAAGGCAAAAGCCGACGACACCAGAACGAGAACAAACGAUGGGGAUUAUCCCAGCGCAAUCGACGGGGACGCUGUGUCCACCAGAACCAAGAGGUUGAGUUCGGAAGGAGUAUCAAUAUCAUCGAAAACCAAGAAAAUGAGAGUAGAUAGCAGCGAAAUCAAUGCAGACGAGGGAGAUAACGGCCAGAAUUCAGGAAUGGUGAUUGCACAGGCACAAGUUGCCACGGGCGAAAGGGGUGGGCUUGAAGGCAAGAAAAAUGCUGAGUCAUCGUCGAAAUCAGUCGAACCAAAGAGAAGUACCAAGGCCCUUUCGAAAGCAAACGAAAAAGCCAGGGAAAAGACAGUCGAGCCAGAUGGUACGAGGGCUAGCGCCGAUGAUCAUUCUGUCGCGGAGAAGAGAAAGAGCGAGAAGGAGCAACCCACUAGUGUAGUUGCAGUGAGCACAAGACCGACCAGAAGGCGGAAACUCACCCCGAAGGCUGCGCAGGCAGCCGCUAUAUUGGUGGCGAAAGCUACUACGAUGAAGAUGAAGAAGGACGCGGUCGACGUUGAUGAAUCGGAGUCGAACAAUUCUUCACCCAAUAAAACUGCGCCCUCAGGUACCAAUCUCAUGGGUGAAUCGGAACUAACCAAAUCUCGACCUGAAAAGAAUGAGGUGAACAUGCCAGGUACCGAGCGAUUGGACGCGUCAGAUACUGUUAUCUCUGGAUCGGACAAAAAGAAGCCUAAAGUGGUAGACACUGCGCAGAAGGCGGCAUCAGAAUCGGACAAAAUUCCAUCUGACGUCAAGCAACGGAAAGCACUAGAUGUAGAGCACAUUUCCCAACCUUACACUCACGAGCUAAAACCAACAGAGUCUGAACACAAGCCAGAAUCAGAACMCAACGAACCUGAAUCUGAUACCAAGGAACGGAAAACGCCAGAUGCAGGCCACGCGGACAGAUCGGAACGUGACACUUCUAAAGCUACUAGCGAUGUGCCAAACAUGCCAGAUGUAAAGGACGAGGGUAAGUCAAAACCUGACGGUUCCACGUCUACCAAUUGCAACCCAAAACUAUCAGAUUCCGAGGAUAAGGACAAAACAGAACCUAGCAGCUCUCAUCCUGACGACGAGGAGACAACAAAAUUGGAUGGCGAACAUUGUGUAACAGCUGAACCGAACAGUUCCACACAUCAUGAAGAGCAGCCAAAAGGAUCAGAUGUAGAGCAAGAGACUAAAUCAGGAUCCACUUCUCCACAAAACCUCGUUCAGCCAGCUCCGCAGGAUACCAAUCACGUUACUGAAGCUUCAAUUCAACAUCAAAAAGGCACCGGUAGCAUCGUUGAGGCAGCCAAAAAUGCCGCUGCAGCUACCUUGGCAGCGUUUUCACUUUUUUCGUCGAAACCCAAGUCAGACAAAGAUAUAAUGCAUUCAGAACUAGAGGAGGAUGCAUCAAUGGUAAUCCAAGAGCGAAAAGAAGAAAAAUCUACGAUCUCGAUCGCUGUUACCAACAAUGAAGUUCACGAAAGUAAAACUACCGUUCCUGAUACGAAAUUGACAACACAUGAUGAUGAGAAAUUGUCAGAUCCAAACGAAGCCAUCAGUGCCGUUGCCACCGCUACAUCGCAUUCUAACCCGAAGGGCGUGGAAAAGGGUGACGAGUCGAAAGAUCUGGCAACAAGCGUGCUGAAACAGAAUUCCGAGCAAACUCCUUUUUCAACGGCGAUUGCUGGAGCGCCGGCAAAUGGAGAAACGCAUGCUUUGAUGCUCUCAUCCAAGGCGGAAGCACAUCAAGAUGGAAAAGGCGAAUCGAUCUCAAGCCAAGGUACCAAUGCGGUAUCGAUGGACAUAGACAAGGACACUGUAGAGAAAGGUCAGAUGCAGACUAUCUCAGAGAAGAAUAUUCCCCUCGUAUCAGAUCCCAAAAGUUUAAUUUCAAUGAAGGAUGGCGCUCAUGACGGCGAAAACAGUAUGGGACAAGAUAAGCACGUACUCGUUAAAAGAACAGAUGUUGCAGAGACCCGAAGUGUGCCCGCUGCUCUAAACCAAACAGCAGUUACUUGCCAUGACGGUUCUCCUACCUUAGCGGACAAUACUACAGAUAAGAUGGUUGCUACUGCAGACCAAGAUUCGAAGAAACCUCAAGAGAUUAAAAUUAAACCUCAGGUUGAAAAAAUUGCUCUUGUAGGUCUUUCGACCAGUACCGAGAACGAUCACACCCGUGUGAAGGUCCACCAAGGAAAUGGUAGGAAUGAGUUGGCGUCUGAACCAGCUGAGCUGACUAAAAGUCUGUCGCAAACAUCUCAGGGGAAGGAUUUCGCAAAGGUAGAAUCUAAGGAGGCGAAUAUUGUUACGAAUGAAUCUCAGACGCGUGCGAUCACCGUAGUGCCAGAAAUGAAGAAACCUAAUGAUAAAGAAAAACAGAUGUCAGAGGAAGUCCAAUCAAUAGACAAAACUCGUUCAGAGAGCGAUCCAGUGAUUCAACAAUCAUCUGGUUCUACUAUGGAGCUAGAAUCGGAAAGCGCGACAAAGCUUAAUCUAGACAAUCAGUUACACAUCGAGAGACAGAACGACAUUGGAAGUAAAUUGAUGAUGCCAAAGGAACCAGACACCGACGGCGUAAGUAGGACAGGAAAGGAUAAUGUCACCAAGAAGAAAAAUACAGAAAUCGAAAUUAUCACAGCUGAAAGAGGAACUCCAGUUAAUGCACCAAGGUGUGGCGAUGCGGCCGAGCUGUCUAGAAAGCUCAACGUCGAAGCCAUUGAUUCAGAUAAGCCUAAUCAAGAUUCUGCAACAGAUUCGAAAUCCGUUGAUCCAUCGGAUUUAACAUUCGUGAAAGCGGACAAAGCAAUAGGGAAUGAAAGCACCGAACAAGAAGAUACCGUUCAUUCCAAUGCUUCAUUUCAACAAUUACAAGCAGUAGAUGGUGUCAAGGCAGUGAACGCAGCGACCGUUGCUGUCCUCGAGAAAUUGGAAUGUGACGAUGCAGUACAUACUGAAAGUAACGAAAAAGAUGCCGAAGCAAAGGAGACAGUACCAACGAGAACGAAAACUAAGACGCCGGACUUGAGCAACAAGGCAGAAACCAAAACAGAGAUGGUAGUUUCAGGUGACAAGCAAAGCGAUGGAUCUAGACUUCCGAAACAAGAGAAAGAUAUUGAAGCUGAUCAUGAGCUAACUGCGUCGGGAGAAUCCAUACACCAAGUGAAGAGCAGUGUAGGUCGCGAUGCACUUUUCGUGCCCACCUCAUUAAACAAUACUAAUUCUUCGGAUGAUGUGAAAGAAAUUCAAGAUCAUUCAUUGAAGAACUUGGUAACAUCAUCUGUAGCUCAGCAGGGAGAAGCGGAGGAACAAGCUGAUGAUCAAAAUUUUUCUCUAUCGAAUGCGAAAAAUAUUGAUAGUGACAUGGGCGAGUCUAAAGAGAGUAUAAAGGCUACCAAGAUUUCAAUCGGUCGCGAACCUUUGUCAGAUUCACAGCUAAGGACUGCAGUCGGCGAUCAGAGGCCAGAAUUGCAGGAACCACUGCAUGAAACAUCUGGACACAAAAAUGCGUCACCAUCAUCUACUCGAAAUCCAAUUGCUCUUCCCUCAGCUGGGAAUGAAGACGAUAGCUUAGUCAAUGGAAAAGUGGAGGAAGAGCUAGAUACUGUAGUAGACGGAGACAAAACUGGUAAGAUUGAAGACGUAGCCGCUGGAAAGACUACCGAAUGCUCUCAUGAAAAAGAGCAAGAGCAAGCCAUUUCGACUGAUGCAUUGAAAUUGACAGCAGAGAACGAUCGGAAUGAUACCGACCCAAAAGAAGCGACCCGCAAUGAUGUGAAUGCCACUCUUAAGUUUCUUGUCAAAUCUGUUGAAUCCAGGCUCGACAAUGCUUCUACGGAUGUCACAGAAAUGGAUAUAGAUUUAUCUCCUAAAGCAUGUUCUAAUGUCACUUUGGAAGGUGUCGCACAUGCGUCUACAACUCUCCAACCCCAGAUUGAUACUGAAGGUGCUACCCGCACCGAGAUACACGAACAGAAAGCAAUCGAUAGUGCUCUGAAGACAACCGCCGAGGUCGAUUCCGAAGCCUCCACGAAAAUUGAAGGGCAGAAACGUGUCGAUUCUGCUCUCGAACCAAGUGCCCAGGUCACUGUUGAAGGUGUGACAAGUAUGGAAGUUGAAAAUGUCAAAAAUGUGGAUUCUGCAGUAAAGCAAAUUGGUAAUUUUGAUAUGGAAGGUGCUACACGAAUGGAAGUUAAAGAAUCAAAAGACUCCAUUUCAGGCCGGAAACAAGACGAUCUAACGCCAACGCAUUCUGAAAACACUUCAUUCAGAAGCGUAGAAAAACCGAAAGUUUCUUGGGUGGCGAUGUCAACUUUAUCAUCCUCAUCUAGACCUGUGAAAACUGUCUCGCCAACAACUGUAUACGAUUGUGACAAAAUUGAUCGUGUGAAGACAUUGCUUUAUACAACAGGAAGCCAGAUUCACCUAGGCAGGGGUUUUGAACGAAUCUUUGGAAUGUAUUGGGACGCAAUUUGUCUUCGUUUAUCGAGCCCCCUGAAUAGAAACGCUCAUAAACGCUGCGACCGUGUCAUUUCUGAAUUUCUCAAAUCAAGGAAGCUCAGAAAAAUUCACAAUAAAUUUAUUAUGAGUAAGUUUUCGACUGGUUUCAUUUCGUAAUGACCACUGAUGAUCGUUACUAACCUCUAUUUCAAAAUGCUUCCCUAACAGGUAUCAUGAGGCGAGCGUUGAAAGACCGCGUUCCAUACACUGAUGUAUCUGAACAUGUUCCGUUGAGAUGGCGCCACCGAGUUAAAGUUCCACAAGUUAAUACUUCAAGAAUACUGCCAAAAAAGAAAUUUUAUCCGCAUUUCGAAGAAUUGAAAGAGAGCCUCUUGCAAAUUUCGAGUGUUCCCCACAUUGACGAGAAAACGCCCUACAAAGAAGUAUGGGAUGUUCCUGACGACCCUACCGACAAAAAGGAACGCAAUCCGCAAGAAGGGCCCACAGAACCAAUCGCCUCCUCUUGCAUUCCGGGAGCUCUCGUUGUCGACCCAUUUCUCCGUGAUACUGUUGAAGCAAGUGACAUGAAAGUAUCUGACUGCGCAAUGUGGCUUUUGACUGUAGCAUUGAAGGAAUAUAUCAAAAAUUUGUUAAAUGAUUCAAUUGAGUACAAAAAGGGUCUGGAAAAAGGCGAGCUUUUUCCACAGUCAAUUCACUUCCCAAACGUUUUGGCGUCAAAUUCGAACAAAAGCAAGAAAAUUUCGAAAGGAAAGGCGUCGACUGCCACACAAGAAAUCAUGAGGAAGAAACAGAUCAGUUCUAUCGAUCUUUUCGCUGCACUGAAGAUGUUACCAUGCGGACAGCCAUCAUCGAUUGGAGGCUCAAUAUCGAGAAUUUCUCUUGAACAAACCUUAUUAUCUGGUUUCAAUUCAAUGCAAUCGUUUAAUGCAGGAGUUACUUUCAAGGCUGUCCAGAGCUUUAUAUCGAGUGAAAUAACGAAUUCUUCAAAAGAAUUAAAAACUGAAGAAAAAAAGUUGAAACCACCAUAUAUGACAUCUGUUGAGAGUCGCAGGGACGCAAGUAGAGAUACAAAAUCUGAUCGUGAAGAAGAUGUCAAGAAAACUCCGAACAAGACGAAUGUAUUGGAAUCACCCAAUUCUUCAGUUCCAAAGAUGGAUGCAAAGGCUUCGGCUUCGGCUACGGGUAUUGUGUCAAAUAUCGUGAACACACCUUUGGUGUCAAAUCAACCAUCAGGAGCUAUGUCUACAACAGAUUCAAUGAUCAAUACUCCGCUAAGAGUAAAUAAUCCACCCCCAGCAUCGAAUGUUACACCAACUGCUGGUCCUUUGCCAGAUAUAUCUCAAGGAAUCGAAGAGAAUAAUAGAGAUGGUAGCGAAGUAAAAAUUGUCAAGGUCACUAAGCCUGUUGAAAAAGUAAAAAUCGGUAUGCAACCCACUCAAUCAGGUAUGCAAAGAUCAGGAGCCGGUAGAGGUGCAAAAAAUCUAGCGGCGCUCAUGGCGCGGGCAGCAGGGAGUAACACCCAAACAGAGUCUGCCGAGUCAUCAAAGGUCGGAGAAACUCCAGCAUCGGCUAUUGCGAGAGGAGGACAAGGAGCAACAACUCGAACUCCCGCAACAAUCCCAAUGGCAGGAAGAGGCGCAUCCGAACCAACCCGAACCUCCUUACCAACCUUGGCUCCUAUGUAUGGAGGGGACUCAUUUGCUAACUCAUCGAGUGCAAGUACCACAGUAUUGAACUCCCAGAAACACAUUAUGGAGGUAAGCCAACAAAAUAUGCAGAUCGCUAAGCAUGAUUCAGUUGCAGAAGUGGGGAAAAAAUCCUUAUCAUUAUCGCAAAAUAGCCAAUCGAAGCCGGCUCUCGCUGAUCAAACGCCUAACAUCGAGGAGAAGGAAGCAGCAAGCAAAGACACUCAGUUUCCUGUACCCCCACGGCAAUCGGUUGUGCCGGUUCGUCGCGGAAAAGGGAAAGGGUUUGGCUCAAAAGAUCUUGCGGCUAUGCGUGCCCGUUCGAUGACAACGACUAAACCAGCAGAACCUGGCGGGGAUAAAAUUGGAGGAAACUAGGAAAAAGAAGAAAAAACGAAACCAAUAAAAAAUAAUGGUUCAUUCUAGAU